AUGCAACUGGUGGACUUGCCACUUAAUGACCGAAAGUUUACCUGGUUCAGAGGCCGUUCUUGUAGUCGGAUUGACAGAGUUUUGCUCAGUCUGGAAUGGGUGGAGGAGUUCCCAGAGAUUUGCCUAAGAGGGGGACCAAGGGGGUUGUUUGAUCACUGUCCGAUGAUAGUGAAAGAUACUAGAUUGAGAUGCGGACCGAGACCUUUCCGAAGCCUUGACUCAUGGUUCACACAUGAAGGUUUUCUCAAACUGAUCAAAGAGGAAUGGAGAGAGUUAGGGGAGAGACAGUUCACAGAUAAAUUAAAAGCCUUGACUAUUCCAUUGGGGAGGUGGCACAGGGACAACUUUGGUGGCAUGGAUAAAAAAAUAAUGAAGUUUGAAGAAGAGAUUAAGAAGGUAGAUGACAUGAUUAGCAAUGAGGUGUAUGAUGGAACGAUGGAGGAAAGAAGGAAAGCAUUAGUGAUUUGUUGUCAGAAGUGGUAUGUGAGAAAAGAAGUGCAUUGGAAACAGAUGUCACGGUCUCGACUCGCAAAGGAUAUGGACAGAAAUACCAGGGAUGGAUUGGUUGAGAUUAUACCUGAAGACGAAGCUGCUAGUUUAGAGGUGCUGCCAUCGGCUGAUGAGAUCAAAGAUGCAGUGUGGGACUGUGAAUCCUCUCGAGCUCCUGGUUGCGACGGAUACAAUAUGAAUUUUAUUAAGAAAUGUUGGGAUGUGAUUGGAGUUGAGUUCACAACUGCAGUAUUGGGAUUCUUCCAGACAUCUAAGUUACCGGCGGAUUCUAAUAUCACAUGGGUUGCACUAGCACCUAAGUUCAUUGGCGCUAAAAAAAUCAAGGACUCUCGACCAAUCAGUAUGGUUGGCUGCGUGUACAAGAUGAUUUAUAAGGUCUUGGUUAAGAGGAUGCGAAUAGUUAUGCCAGGCCUAGUUGGAGAGACUCAGAGUGCUUUUGUCAAAGGUCGGAAGAUACAUGACAGAGCUCUUAUUGCGUGUGAAACAGUACAUUGGCUUAAAACUCGAAAAAAGAAAGCAGCAAUCAUCAAACUGGACUUCUAA